AUGUCAUCCUCAGAAGCAUAUCUCCCCCUCAAGGGAAAGACAGCCAUAGUAACAGGUUCUUCCCGAGGUCUCGGAGCAGGCAUGGCCUACGAGCUCGCUAAACGAGGGGCCGACGUCGUCCUAACAUACACAUCUCCCUCCAGCAGCACUCUCAUCUCAUCUCUCUCUUCAAAAAUCAGUCUCCUACCCCACAAACCCAGCACCCAUAGCGUGGUAGCCGACCUCACAAAAGUCGAUUCUCCUGAUAAGAUUGUUCAGUCGAUUAAAGACUGGCGAGGCGGAGAUCCAAAGAUUGAUAUCAUGGUCAACAACGCCGGAGUAGAGAUGAACAAAAAGCUGGGAGAUCUCACGGCCCAAGACUUCGCUCACGUCUACGAUCUCAACGUUCGUGGUACGUUGCUCAUGACACAAGCCGUACUCCCUUAUCUACAGCCCCAUAGCCGCAUAAUCAACAUCGGCUCAGUAGCAUCACGCGUGGGCUUUGCUGGCUUCAGCCUCUAUUGUUCGUCAAAAGCAGCACUUGAAGGCUUAACCAGGGUCUGGGCCGUUGAGCUGGGUGGGAAUGGAACGACGGUCAAUAUGGUCAAUCCGGGGCCUGUGGACAGUGAUAUGUUGAAGAAUAUCCCGAAGGAGAUUGUGGAGAAGCAGAAGGGGGAAACGCCUGUUGAGAAGAGGCUGGGGACUACGGAGGAGGUAGCUGAUAUUGUGGCGUGGCUGGCAGGGAGAGACAGUAGGUGGGUUACUGGGCAGACAAUCUCUGCAAGUGGAGGGUGGGCUCUGUAUUGA